AGCUUUCCCACUCAUCGGCCCUCCCUCUCCCCCACCCUUCCCAACCUCCCCUCCCACCACCGCCACUUCAGCCCACACACGCGAUUUUUUUUUUUUUUUUUUUUUUGAGAAGGGGAAAAAAACCCAAAAGUGUUAAAUGAACAAGAAGUGGUGAAUUACCCAAGCGACUUUUCCUCAAAGAGCCAGCGAGCCGGGAAGAGGAGCUGCGGCGAACCCGCCCGGAGCACCGGAGCUGCCCGGGGGGACCCGCCGGGCACCCAGCGGGGACCGCGGGGGCUGCGCGGUUGGCGGAGUGUGAAUGCGUCUCUGCAGCGAGAUGCAAAAAGCCCUGUCUGCUUGCAUUUGACUUGCGAUGCUGGCUCUUCACUAGAAUGCAAACCCUUGCACAGGAUGAAAACAGGUCAUUCUUCCAGAAUGCCAGAGGAAAGUUCGCCCAAGCGGAGUCCUCAAAACAUCCCGUACAAGGACCUGCCCCAUAUCAUCAAUGCUGACGGGCAGCAUCUCUUCUGCAGGUAUUGGAAGCCAGCAGCAACUCCCAGGGCCCUGGUGUUUAUCGCUCAUGGCGCUGGGGAACACUGCGGCCGCUACGAUGACUUGGCCCAGAGGCUCACAGGACUUAACUUGUUUGUCUUUGCCCAUGACCAUGUUGGCCAUGGCCAGAGCGAGGGUGAUCGCAUGGUUGUCUCCGAUUUCCACGUCUUCGUCAGGGACAGUUUGCAGCACAUCGAUCUCAUGAAGAAGGAGCACCCCGAGCUGCCCGUUCUCAUUCUGGGGCACUCCAUGGGGGGAGCCAUCUCCAUUCUGACAGCCAGUGAGAGACCCAGUGAGUUUUCAGGCAUGCUGUUAAUCUCUCCUUUAGUGGUAGCCAGCCCAGAAGUCGCCACUCCCAUCAAGGUUUUUGCAGCGAAAGUGCUCAACUUUGUCCUCCCAAACCUGUCGCUGGGAUCGAUAGACCCAAGUGCAAUUUCCCGGAACAAGAAGGAGAUAGAGUCUUAUACAUCUGAUCCCUUGGUCUACCACGGUGGCAUGAAGGUCUCCUUCGUCAUCCAGCUGAUGAAUGCCAUUGCCAGAAUUGAGCGAGCUCUGCCCAAGCUGACUUUGCCCAUCCUGGUGCUACACGGCUCUUCCGACAAGCUCUGCGACAUCAAAGGGUCCUAUUUGCUGAUGGACACAGUGCCGAGUCAGGACAAAACGCUCAAGGUGUACGAGGAAGCCUGUCAUGCCCUCCACAAAGAGCUGCCCGAGGUCUCUACCUCUGUCUUCACAGAAAUACUGACAUGGAUCGGCCAGAAGGUCCCAGCAGCUGGGGAAACCAGCCGUGCUUAAGAGCAAUUGUUUUUGCAGCUCUUACUGGCUUUUUUUCUGGGAAUAGAUGCUUUUCUUAGUAGAAGUCUCUCUGAAAAAGCUCUAAGGUGGAGGGACUCUUGGGAUAUUUUAUCACGCGUAGCGUAAGGGAGGGUGGGGGCAGCGGCACAGGGUGGGGCGUGAUUUACUGAUGAAAUGGCCAUUGCCCUGAUCUGGAGAAGAAUCAGCAGCUGCGGGAGCAGUGGUCCAAGCUUCCCAAGUCGGGUGACUUUAUUUACUGAAAUGCCCCUCGCCCACCAAACUGCCCCCAUCACUUCCCCUUCUUUUGCUUUUGCUGGGUGACAGGGGUGUAUUUAUACUGCAAUAAUUUUUUGGUAUGUCAGAGAAGUCAGUAUCUUCCACUACAUGGUUUUAAUUCUGGGUGCAUACAGUCCCUUCCCCAUCCCCACCAUCCCAGUACCGUAAAAGCCCUGACCCUUGAGAGAAGAGCAGUAAUGAAGGUGCUGGGUAACGAGGAGAGGCUACAAAAGGAGCUGACAGCUCCCCGGAGGUGCAGGGCUGGUUUUCAAGGUCAGAGCCCUUUGGAUGCUGCCUUGAUAAGCAGGUCAGGGCAGGGGGGAGCACAAAGAGCCUCCCCCACCGCCCUGCACGGCCUCGGGGCGUUCGCAGUGUGGAACAGCUCUUUAAUUUUCAUCAUCAGAGCAGGAUCCCAGAGGGGAGAGGAGGAACGUGGAAUCUAAACCCACUUAGCACAUUCAAAACCCGUGCUUUUCCUAAUGCCAAACCUCCUCUCCUCUGCAAAACGAACUAUUCUGUAAAUAUUCCUAGGGGCUGUUUUUUUUCCCCUUCCUUCAUUUUUUUUUUCCUUUUGGAAUUAAUCACUUGUGCUACUGAGACUGAAAAAGCAAAGUUAUAAGAGAAUAUAGUAAUAUAAUAUAUGAUGUAUAUAGAGGUGGCUGGGAGCUGGGGAAGAAAUGGGAGGAGAGCCUAAAGAAGGGGUUAACCAUUCCUUCUCUUGGCAAGGAAUAAUGUUGUCCUACCGGGAUCCAGUCCUCUCACCAUAACUUUACAGUCAUAAUCUGUUGUUUUCCUUCAUCACUUGGAAAAUGUCCUGAAAAUAAUGCUCGGGAGAAGCGCAGAGCAUCUGGUGGGUGGGGAUUAGCAGUGGGUGUCCUCAUGGUCCACCGGUUCAGGUGGAGACCUGCAGCGUGAGCAGAGAUCCCGUCCAAGCUCAUCCCCAUCUCCUUCUGGUUGGCACAGGCACCUCUGGGACAGAUCCCUGAGCCGGGAGGUCGAGCUCACCCCUUGAAACAAUGCAGGGACCUGCAGGACAGAACAGGGUGCGAUCAUCCAUCCAACACCGACUUGGCCGUGCUGGGGGCAUCCAGGGACACUGGUGUACAAGCCACCACAGAGGAGCUUGUGAACCGGCCAAAUCCUCGAGCCGCCGGGGUCACUGGUAGCAGCAGGGCUGAGGAAAAGACAUAAGAGCCAGUUACAGAGCAGAGGAAUUGUAUCAAUACAGCAAAAGCUGUGUAGUGAUCCCAGUGUGGCUCAAUUCGUCCAGGGUGAUGGCCCUAAUGACAAAGACACUAGUUGGCAGUUGCCAAAGGGAAGGGGUUUAACCUGCUCCUCUCCUUCCAGAUGUGCAAGAAGAAAACGCCUGCACGUGUUGCACUAUGAGAGUGGGGCAUCUCCCCCAGCGACAAACUAGUCCCCCCAUUGCCCUCCCCAGCAGCAGUGGGAACCAGCGUCCCCAGGGCUGGACCUGCCUGUGACAGUCACAGGCGGGUCACCCACCUCUCCUCCCUGCCAAGCCAGUUCUGGCGAGAUUCAGGAAAGGGACCUUUGUGCAAUAAGUCAGAAUUGGGGUUCGGUCCCAUCCGGCCCCAGCAGCGUGGAUGGAUGAGGGAUGUGUGGAUGCAGGUUACGUGUCCCAGUCAAGAAAGCUUUUACACAUGUUGAUCCAGGCACUUUCAUACUUUUCUUGCCUUUAAGAGAGGAACGAGCAGUAGUUCUCCCAGCAACACCAGCUUUUGAUUCACUAUUCCAGUGCAAUCAGCUUUUUCCACAAGCUGGCCGUUGCUUUGGGCAGCAGGUGAUGCGCAGGCUCUGUAUCUUCCAGCCGCUUGGCUUGUUUCAACUUCUUUUCCCUGAGCAAGAUCCCUCAUUGCCAGAUGCUUCUGGGGAAAGACACCAAGAAGAGAAACACUACAGCGGUGAUAAACUUCACCUGCUCCUUCAGCUGGAAGGGGAAUCAAGUAGGCGUCAUCCAGCAGUGACAGACAUUGCGGGGGUAGCGGCGAGAUGAUGAUUUAAGGGUGAGAUUUUUUUGAAAGCACUUUUCCCGAGGAAGUUGGGAUGAGCAAAUCAAUGCGCACAUUCUUUACAUCCCUUCCCAAACUGACAAGCACUUUGCGGGGGGGAGGGAGGAAGGUCAGAGCCCGUCUGCUCCCUCCAACCUGGCUCCGGGCACAGGAAGGUCCCUGGUCAGUGCCUUUGAUAUAAUGUGUCCUUUCACCCAAGAAACAUGUGCAGCUCGGCAUAAUAAAAUAAACAUAAUAAACAAAAGGGAACUGAUUCCACUGAUCUGGGAAAGGCUCGUCCCUCUAUGUAGCUCAGCAGUGGCAUGUGGCUGGGGAAGCUGCGUUUGGAAGUCACGUUAAUAAAUGAAAAUGCAGAAAGAAAACAACAAAAAAAGAGCAAAAUAAGCCCCAAGCAUAGCAGGGGUUACUGCCACCCUCAGCCAGCUUUCUGAAGAAUUAAUACAAGGAGACCUACCCAAAAAAGCCCAGCAGGCUCAGCAGCACAUCCCCUUUGCAGGGGAAUGAGCCCAGAGGGAAGGAACCCCGAGCAAAUCAAGCCAGGGUCGGGGAGAGGCUGAUUUGCACCAGCUGCAGCUCAUCCUGCACAUUUCGGCUGCUGCUGCUCCCUUACCCUGCUUGUAAAGCUACUUUCUAUUGACCCAGUUAGAUUUCACCAUGCCCCGAAGGAAUUCUUCCUUCGCUGACCGGAUUAGUAACGAGCAGAGAGCUGCUGCCAAGGGAAAUGUAAUUAAACUCUUAUUUUCAAAUGGCAGGUACCAUUUGCAGGGAGCACAGCCGGCCUUACGAGUGCUGCUGUGCGGAGCCGCACCGGCCACCGGCACUCGCGACUGAGCAAUAGCCACGUGUGACUACUGUACGUGUCACCACCCGCAGCACUGAGAGCCCCUUCCCCACCGCCUCACCCCGCACAUUUUCUAUAUAGCCCGUUCUUUUUAUACCACUCACUGUAGCACGCUUGCCAGCACAAACCCCAUUGAGAUCACACUCACUUUUCCAAGUAACUUCUGGGCUUAUCUCUCUUGUUCUGUUGUGUUGCAGUUCAAUAAAAUACAUUUAUAUAUAUAUAUGCAUAUAUAAAAAAACAUAUAUACAUACACAUGUAUUUUCAGUGGGAAAAAACAUAUACGAGUUUAGGAUUCUUAAAGGAAUACAAUGUAUAUUGCAACUAAUAAUAAAGUUAUGUUUUCUGAA